AUGGUGAAAUUCGGUAGAAGUAAAAUGAAGAUACUAAAUAAACUAGCUAAAAAACAGAAUGCCACCUCUAGUAAUCAGACGAACAAAAUUUUGAAGAAGAAAUUGAAUGCGGAGAAAAAAGUAACAUUUCAAAAGGAAGUUUUGCUCAAAGAAACCGCUAAUAGUAAUUCAUUAGUGAAAAAAGUUGCUAAAGAGGAUAUUAUAUUGAAAAAUCUACUCAAGAAACCCGACACACAAACACAUAAUGUAAAAAAUGAAUUAAAAAAACCUAAAGUAAAACCAGUGCCAAAAAAGAAUAAGAGAUUGAAAAUGCAACUUAGUGAUGCUCAAUUACUGAAGAGCUUAAUGAAUAAGAAAAAAUCAUAA